AUGGGUCGUCGACUUUGCAGCGCUCUGUCUUGUCUGCUGUUAGUCGGUUUAUCGCAAGCAGCCGACGUAUAUCUCAGCCCAUCUCAGGAAUUUCCAUCCCGGCUCUCCCUUCAGCAUGCUGAUUUUGCCUUGUCGCAACAUCUGGGUCUCGAGCCAAUCGAGAAUUUCCAGGAUUAUGGCGAACUGCUAAGAGAGCACGAGUUUGUCGCACAAGGGGCUUCAAACGCAUUAUUUUUACUAGUAGACGAUGCUAGUUUACAAGACAUCAUUCCUUCUUUCAUGAGCCGCUCGUUCUCGAUCGCAGGGGCACCCACUAGUUCCCUUACUUCCUUUGUGCCCUCGUAUCUGAAACGCGCCACUCAUUCAUACUCCCUCGUCUACUCUGAUCUCGCUAUUCCCCCAGAAGGCAUCCCUCGGACUCUUGACAUAUUUUCUGCCCCAACACCCGCAAACGAAGCUUUCCUUGCAGAAAUAUCAACACUUACCAAAUUCAUCGAGACAACCGCAGAUAUCUAUGAUGACAAGUUCGCGUCCUUGGAGUUAACAGGACUGUCCCAGCUCGCAGCUACAUAUGGUCGUUCAAGCGACCAGUACCAGCUUGCAGCAAGAACAAUCCGAGCCGUUCUUGAAGCCAGUACUGCUGAUGCAAAGACCCGCGUCGCCGUCUUGUCCUACACCCCCUCUCUUAUGCUGGACAAACGACAACCGCAGCCACCGCAGCAGUCACCCCUUCCAGCACUCCGCCCACCCGUGGGACCACCGAUUCGUCAUUUUGCCUCUUGCCUCACGAGCUCUGAGGCCUGCUCCAACGCGACCAAUGCUUGUUCUGGUCAUGGGCAGUGCGUGAGCACCCUCAGUGCUGAACAGGAAUGUUUCGUUUGCGCUUGCUCUGACACCAAGUCUAAUUCUGGGAAGACGGAAAGCUGGGUGGGCGAUAUGUGUCAGCGCAAGGACAUCAGUAGCACCUUCGUGUUGAUCGCAGGGACAGUGAUCACACUUAUCAUCUUGAUGGGAGGCUCUAUUUCGUUGCUUUACUCCAUCGGUGGCGACGAGCUUCCUAGCAUCCUCACAGGUGGUGUGGCAAGUGGAUUGAGGAAAGAGUGA